GUUUGUUUACAAGAUGACAUCAGAGAGGUCGGACUUAAUGAUGAACAUCACAACUAAAUGCAUUCUUCUUAGAUGUUAUUGAUGAUAUGUAGUUGACUGUGUGAUUGUGUGUCUGUGUGCACACAUCUGUUCGUGUAGGUCAUAGCUUUUGUCAGCUGCAGUUUGCAGUGAUGAAAGAAUAAUAGUGUAUAAAGUAACUUAACGGGUGUUAAGAAAAUGUUGUGGAUGUUCUAUCUAUGAAUAGAAUAUGAAUCUGUAUCAUCUGAAAUAGACAGUGAUUGUGUUUUUCACAGCUGAAAUCCUGCAGAACCUGAACUCAGCAUGCAUGCGCACACACACACACACACACAUUACUCCAGGUUGUGCAACAGGCAGCAGGAUGAAGCAACAGUAACAGAAUGACUCAGAAAACCAGAAGUAAAGAAGAAAAGUUUGCGACGGACAAUGUCUGUAAGAGGAGAGACAGACAGACAGGAUGUGGGUGAUCCUGCAGAGUGUGUGUGCGUGUCUGUGUGUGUGUGAGAGGAUGAGUGGUGGUAAAAAGAGGAGUGGCUUCCAAAUCACGAGCGUGACCUCAGACAGGGUGGUCCUGACCGUCCUCCAAUCAGCAGCUGCCUCUUGCAGCCCUCAAGGAAGCUCCUCCCAGCCCACCACACCCUCUCUGAAGAGGAAAUACAUCUCCCAUGAUGCCUUUGGGCACGGGGUGGGGUCUUCCUCCAGGUUCAGGGUGGUGAGCUGCGUGGGAGGGGCCUGUGAUGUGGGAGGCGAGCCAUAUCGCAGAGGGAUGGACUUGCACAGAAUUAUAGAGCAUCUGGAAGGGGCGGGGUUUAGGCGGGUGAUGGACUCUAUGAGACACGCCCACUCGCUAGAGUCCCUGGAGAUCAUUGGCCAGGACACAGACAGAGGCGGAGUCCACUCCCAUUACGCCGGCCACCUUUUAGCUCAGCCAAUCAGAGGAAAGGAAGAAGCGAGUCUGAUACAGCUGAGUGGGCCAUCUUCACUAACACACCAAGAACCAAUUAUCCGGCUCCUGGAUUGGAAAGAGCCAAUGGGAGCUCAGGGUUCUGACUCCAACCCACCAUGUCCUUUGACCCGCCCCCGACACAUCCCUCCUCCGCUACGAUUGGACGUCGACUCUGCCGGCCGGUCUGUCUUCAGGCUGUCUCACUCUCAACCAAGCUCCCCCCCCGCUGGAGCAUAUCAUCCCCCUUUGACCCCUGCUCGAACACCAGCAGUCUUCAGUCUGGACCAAGCCAUCUUCAGCCUGCCGGGGGACGCAAGCAGCUCCGGGAGCAGUCUGAUCGCCAUCGACAACAAAAUUGAGGCAGCUAUGGACCUGGUUAAGAGUCACCUGAUGCUGGCAGUCAGAGAGGAGGUGGAGCUUCUGAGGGAACAAAUCAGAGAGCUGCAGGAAAAGAACCAACAGCUGGAGAGAGAGAACCAAAUCCUGAGAACACUAACACACAAUCUACACAGCACACACAACCCCUAACACACAUUAAUACACGUACAGAGUAAAUACAAUAUACAGAGUAAACACAACACCUAACUCACAGUAUGCACACAAUAAACAAGACACACAUUGUGCACAAUACACAUCAUGUAACACACAAUAUACAGAAUAUACAUAGCACACUGACCUGAGAGCGUUGUCGUGGUAAUGAGUGGAACAAGCUGAUAAUCAGAUUAAAGAGGACCCUGGUAACCAUGACAUCUGAUGAUGAUGAUAGAGCGUAGAAUCUUAUGAAUUAAUAAAGUCUUAACUACA